AUGACGUCAUGUGGCGGAAGUUCCGUGCCCCAGAUGUUCCGUGCCCCAGAUGUUCCGUGCCCCAGAUGUUCCGUGCCCCAGAUGUUCCGUGCCCCAGAUGUUCCGUGCCCCAGAUGUUCCGUGCCCCAGAUGUUCAGUGCCCCAGAUGUUCCGUGCCCCAGAUGUUCCGUGCCCCAGAUGUUCCGUGCCCCAGAUGUUCAGUGCCCCAGAUGUUCCGUGCCCCAGAUGUUCCGUGCCCCAGAUGUUCCGUGCCCCAGAUGUUCCGUGCCCCAGAUGUUCCGUGCCCCAGAUGUUCCGUGCCCCAGAUGUUCCGUGCCCCAGAUGUUCCGUGCCCCAGAUGUUCCGUGCCCCAGAUGUUCCGUGCCCCAGAUGUUCCGUGCCCCAGAUGUUCCGUGCCCCAGAUGUUCCGUGCCCCAGAUGUUCCGUGCCCCAGAUGUUCCGUGCCCCAGAUGUUUGUGCUAA